UUGGCUAAUGAAAUGCCAACAACAGACAAUGGUUCUAUAAAAGAUGAUGCCUUAUCACAAGCACUUGGACCUGAACAUCGAGGUCGACUUCGUGGAGGUGGUUAUGGGGUUACACCUUCUAGAUAUGAUGCCCAAACAUAUGCCAGCAUGAGUAAUCGAGAGCUUAGAGACCGACUACAAAAUGUCGAAGGAAAAUUGCGGGAAGUGUUUGAUCUUGUGUUGGCUAAACAACAAAAUGAGGGAAAUGGUAAAGAAACUAAUACCAAUGAUGCAAUUCAAGUCUCCACAAAUAGGCCUCAGUCGCAGGGAGGCUGUAUAGAUCUCCAAAGAACUAAGAAUGGUGUAAAACAGGUUCCCAAUUCCAGUUACCAGGUUUCCAGAUCAUCUCCCCAGUUACAAUGUAAUAAGAAAAGUGCACCAGAGGCUAACGAUGGUUCUAGACACACUUCAAAAGCUAGUUCUCAGAUACAAUGUGAUAGAAGAAGUGCACAAGAAGCUGACGAUGCUUCUAGACAAGCUUCCAAAGCUAGUUCCCAGAGAAGUAGUCCAAACAUAAAAAGAGACAACAUUAAGAGAAAAGAAGGUUCUAAAGCCACUUCUCAGUUACAACCCGUUGGUAUUUUACGAGGGUCUUCAUGCAAGUUACUAAAUUGGCUCAGAAAUGGACAAGUUGUUGCAACUGGAGAAAUAGAAUCAACAAAUCCUGAGGCGAAAGUUCAUCACAUGGUGCUUGGUCCUGAUUGCUGGAAAGUUUGGGUAACUGUUGUCAAAGUGGAGAAUAUAUCUUUGUACCGCCCUACAAGUGAAUUUCGUGUCCUGGAGGAUGCUGUGUCUAGUACAAUUGCCUGGCCAUCAAAGUACGUCCGAGUUGGAGAGUAAUUUUAGUUCGUACUUAGACUAGAAAAUGGUACUUUGACACUACAUAGAUAGUACUUUAUGACUUCCGUUUAUGUAUUCAUUAGGCACUACAUGGAUAAUACUUUAUGACUUCCGUUUAUGUA